GUUUGUAUUAGUUAAGAUAACGUCUUGUCUGACAAUCUUCAAAUCAAAAAGAAAUUUCAAAUCAUACUUACUGAUUGAAACAUAUACCACGGAUUUAUAUACAAUUGUGUUGAGUAUAUUACUUGAUAGACCAAUCUAUAUCUACCAUUACAAAUAACAUUACAGUUAUUAGGAGUAUAAUAUUAAAUAACGCUACUGAGAGCAACGUAGAAAUGAUAGAUGAAAAGGGUCUGAAAUGGAUUUCCUUGAUUAUUCUCCUUGGAAUAAUAUUUCUAAAUAUAGAGGUGGUAGUGUUAUAAGUAUCGAGAAAACCAAAUUCUAGAUUGAAUUUUUUUGUGGCGAACUUGGCAAUUGCAGAUCUUUGCGUGGGACUAUUUUUUGUACUGCCUGAGACUCUGUUUAAUUGGUUUGAUGUCUUAUGGAAUCCAUACGCGUGUUAUAUUCUUUACGUGUAUUUCUCAAUGGUUCCAUUUUAUGUGUCAACAUAUGCAAUCGUAGUGUUAUCAAUUGACCGUGCAUAUGUUAUUUUAAAACCCUUUGCGUCCGCAUCUAAAGGCAAACUAUAUCGAUAUGGACUAGCAUUGUCCUCAUGGGUGAUUGGAUGUAUUCUUGCAAUUCCUUACGGGGUGUUUGGUACAUAUAGCGAAAAGGAAGUUUACUGCUCACAUGAGGCUCCAAGCUUAGUUAUGUUGUACUUAGAUCUCUGUACUAUUAUCGUAAUACCACUGUUAAUAAUAAGUGCGUGUUACAUUAUUAUCAUAAUCAAACUAUAUGGUCGCAGGAGUGGUGAAUUUAUUCUAAAUAAAAGCAAAGAUUCAGAUGAUGAUUGCGAUAUAGAUGUUAAACAUCAAGCUACAAGAAAGGCCAAGUUCAGAACUAUCAAACUAGUAUGUGUUGUCUUUAUAGCGUAUAUCAUUUGUUGGUCCCCAAUUACCUUCGCAGCUAUUAUGAUACAUUAUAAUCUAGCGCAAUAUGGACUGUGGUUUAUUGUACUGUAUAUGCUUGCCCCGUUAAACAGCCUGGUAAAUCCACUGAUAUUUUUGAUUUUCAACCAGAAAAUGUUUCGGCAUAAAAAGAAAAAGGGUUUUAGCAGAACUACUUUUGAUACAGAAACUCAGAGAGUAACAUUGUGCAGCUAGAUGAACACUGAUUAUGAACAGAUGCAUGAUUUGUGCAUGCUUGAUUUGUUGCAGUCUAUAGGGAGAUAUUGGUUUCACCGUUAUUUAUAGCUUUUGUAUUGUAAAUAUGCUAAUUGCGAAUAUUAAACAAUUGAAGUAAAAUAUCGACUUGUGAACCUUUGUGUUAAAUGACUAUUAAAAUAGUUAU